UCCCUAUCCUAACGGGUGUUAGCAGCAUGGUGAGCGGUUGUUGUCGGGUACAGAGUAACAUUUUGACAACCCACUGCUCACCGAGUGGCCUUCUUGUAUCCAAUUUGCUCGAUCUACUUCCAGGAAAUGGCUUCGGCGGGUCGCAUGUGCUGUCGCUUGAUAGAAAGAAACAACAGAACUAGACACCCCUUCUCGUACAGGGUUAGGAACACCGCAAAGGAUAAUAAUCAAUGCUGGUAUUCCAGUGCUACGCAGAAGGAAAAUGAAGUUGAACUCUCGCAACCAAAGAAAAACUUCGACGCAGUCCAGAAAAACAUUGCAGAACAGGAGCUAGCGUCCAGCCCCUCGACGCAGAGUCGGGUCUUAAAGGACGACACCUUACCGUUCUCUGCGUUCCUGACUGACAGCUUUGGCCGAAGACACAGCUACCUUCGCAUGUCCCUCACGGAGAAAUGCAACCUGCGCUGUCAGUACUGCAUGCCGGAGGAAGGGGUGAAGCUGACGCCGCGGGCGCAGCUCCUGACCACCGCAGAGGUGCUGCGCCUGGCCCGCCUCUUCGUCCACGAAGGGGUGGACAAGAUCCGGCUCACGGGCGGAGAGCCACUCAUCCGGCCCGAUGUGCUGGACAUCAUCGCUGAGUUGAGGAAGUUGGAGGGCCUGAAGACCAUCGCCGUGACGACCAACGGCAUGAACCUUGCUCGGCUGCUGCCCAAGCUGAAGGACUCAGGCCUUGACCUCCUCAACAUCAGCCUGGACACACUGAUCCCCGCCAAGUUUGAGUUCAUCGUCAGGCGAAAAGGCUUCCACAAGGUGAUGGAGGGUAUUGACAAGGCACUAGAGAUGGGCUACAACCCUGUCAAGGUCAACUGUGUGGUGAUGCGAGGACUCAACGAGGACGAGAUCCUGGACUUUGUGGCGCUGACGGAGAAGAAGCCCAUUGAGGUGCGCUUCAUCGAGUACAUGCCCUUCGAUGGAAACAAGUGGAACUUCAAGAAGAUGGUGAGCUAUCAGGAAAUGCUGGAUUGCAUAAAACAGCAGUGGCCUGCUCUAGAAAUGGUUCCCACCGGACAUGCAGACACAGCUAAGGGGUAUAAAGUGCCAGGCUUCGCGGGCAAGGUGGGCUUCAUCUCCUCCAUGUCGGACCACUUCUGUGGCUCCUGCAACCGCUUGCGGCUCACCGCAGACGGCAACCUCAAGGUUUGCCUGUUUGGCAACUCUGAGGUGUCCCUCAGGGAUGAGCUGCGUUCGGGGGCGACGGAGACGCAGCUGCUGGACAUCAUCGGUGCGGCGGUGGGACGGAAGAAGAAACAGCAUGCAGGCAUGUUGAACCUCUCCAAGAUGAAGAAUAGGCCCAUGAUCCUGAUCGGUGGGUGACGUUGCUGUACGUACAAACACCCAUGGACACAUAGAGACAGCAGCCUAAGCACACCGGCGUAUCUAGGCCACUGUUUCUCAACCUGUGGUACGUGUACCACUGGUGGUUUCACAAAGGUUUUGCAGGCGGCACAUGGGAUUUUAUAAAUGAAACCAUAAUAGACAUAACACUAUCAAUAAUUUAAAAUAAAAAUAAUAUAACUAUCGUUCAGAAAUUUUAGCAUUAUGACUUUUAAUGAUUUAAAAAAUAGUCUUGCUGUGUGUUCCUUGAAAUGUUAUAAUAUAUCUUAUAUAUAUAUGAUAUAACGUUCAAAUUAUAAUGUUUCCCAUUUCUGUUUUGUGUUGAUUUGUGUUAAAUAAACACACUGAGAGCUCAAGCAGCCUUGCUCUCCUUUUCUUUCGACUGUCUCCCACUGGCUCUCCUACUGCCCCAUGCAGUAUUAGUUGUGUAUAAAGGGGGCGCUGGCACUCUUUGCUCCGCCACUGCAUCUGUAUUUAUCUGUUAUUUGACCGUUUGCAUGUACGGUGCUCUGCACCAGGGCUUGAUGACAAUUCAGUGGUUCACCUGACGCCAAAGGUUGGGAACCACUG